AAAACACACCUGAAGUGUUAGGUGUGUUGCUUCCGGCGCAUCGGCUAGCUUGACGUUAGCUCUUGCAGGCAGAAGGUGGAGGGGCUUCUGCUGGAUUCAGGGAACAAACAUGGACAGUCAAGGGAGAAAAGUCGUGGUUUGUGACAACGGAACAGGGUUUGUCAAGUGUGGCUAUGCAGGCUCCAACUUCCCAGAGCACAUUUUCCCAGCGCUGGUUGGCCGGCCAAUCAUCCGCUCCACAGCUAAAGUUGGAAACAUUGAAAUCAAGGACCUGAUGGUGGGGGACGAGGCCAGCGAGCUGCGCUCUAUGUUGGAGGUGAACUACCCCAUGGAGAACGGCAUCGUGAGGAACUGGGACGACAUGAAGCACCUGUGGGACUACACCUUUGGCCCCGAGAAACUCAACAUCAACUCGCGCAACUGCAAGAUCCUACUGACCGAGCCGCCCAUGAACCCCACCAAGAACAGAGAGAAGAUAAUAGAGGUGAUGUUUGAAACAUACCAGUUUACAGGAGUUUAUAUCGCCAUCCAGGCCGUCCUCACGCUCUACGCUCAAGGACUGCUGACAGGAGUGGUGGUCGACUCUGGUGACGGCGUCACUCACAUCUGCCCGGUGUACGAGGGCUUCUCUCUGCCCCACCUGACCCGACGUCUCGACAUCGCAGGGAGGGACAUAACGCGCUACCUCAUCAAGCUGCUGCUGCUGCGGGGUUAUGCCUUCAACCAUUCGGCGGACUUUGAGACAGUGAGGAUGAUGAAGGAGAAGCUUUGCUACGUCGGUUAUAACAUCGAGCAGGAGCAGAAGCUUUCGCUGGAGACAACGGUGCUGGUCGAGUCAUACACGCUCCCGGACGGAAGGGUGAUCAAGGUGGGAGGUGAGAGGUUCGAAGCCCCCGAGGCUCUGUUUCAACCUCACCUCAUCAACGUGGAGGGUGUGGGCGUGGCCGAGCUGCUCUUUAAUACCAUCCAGGCCGCAGAUAUCGACACCAGGUCUGAGUUCUAUAAGCACAUUGUCCUGUCCGGAGGCUCCACCAUGUAUCCCGGCCUGCCGUCCCGCCUGGAGCGUGAGCUGAAGCAGCUGUACCUGGAGCGAGUGCUGAAGGGAGACGUGGACAAGCUUUCA